AUGUCCACUCGCACAGCAUGUUGCGAGGACCGGUAUGACAGUGAUGGUAUUGCAACUCAUGACAAGCAAGUGUUGGCUGCAGUUGCUGCUACGGUGUUGGAUGAUAUGAAAGAGGAAGCUGAGAAUUUUAGCGUGAUUGGCAUAGAUGAAGGACAGUUUUUCCCUGACACAGUAGAGUUUGCUGAGGAGAUGGCUAAUCGAGGGAAGAUCGUCAUUGUCGCUGCACUCGAUGGGACGUACCAGCGGAUGGGCUUCGGAGACAUACUUCGGUUGGUCCCCUUAGCAGAGUCCGUUGUCAAACUGACGGCUGUUUGCAUGAUAUGUUACGAGGAGGCAUCUUACACCAAGCGCACCUCCACAGAAACUGCCGUUGAGGUAAUUGGUGGUAGUGAAAAGUACAUUGCGACCUGUAGACAGUGCUUCUUCAUCUCGACCCCGCAGAAGAGACCAGGGGCUUCUCCGCUCAAACCAGUGCAGGUGAAGGAAAACAUGGAAACCAGUGAAAGUAGCAGCACUUUUAAACGUCGAUUGAUGGAUGGUAAAGAGGGAACAGGGACAGUGACGGCAGACAAGGAAAACUGCAGCAUGCAAGUGGCAUAAUGAUUUUUGCAAAGACAGAAGAAGGCUCCCCAGUGCAUUGCAGUUAUUUUUUUUUAUGUUCUGAAAGUGGAAGACAAUAAAAAACAUUUUAUGGCACUGAAAUGUACUGUAGAAAGGCCUUAACCCUGCUGCAUUCAAGUUACAUUUAGACCUUUUAGGUCAAGUGACACAAAGAAAUUUAUCACUUUUUUCUAUGAAAGCUAUGUAUAUAUGUGUUGAAGUUAUUUCAUGUGUUAUUUUACCAAUAACUCCCUUUUUGACUUCUUUUGCCUUGUUAUGAAAUACAGUUUGGUGCUUGAUUUAAUAUUUCAUACAAACCUCAUAUCCUGGCCAGAUUUUGUGUGUUUGACAUUUAACAUUGCUGUGAUAGUAUUACCAUUUUACAAUAUUCUUAAAGCUGUUAUUGUUACAUUCUGACUAUUUUGAAAAUAAAGGAACUUGAAUGAUUAGCUUAACUGUUCUUGUGUAAUUGUUAUGAGAGGAAUAUUGAGAAUACAUUUUGGAUUUGACAGGUAACAAUAUUAUCUAGUGUCUAAUGGUGUA